AUGGUGCGCAAAGACAAAAAGCGAUCCCGUCUAUUUGUCGCCGCCGCCGCCUAUUACGCCUACUACUACUACUACAACCACAACUACAACUACCAAUGGACCACGUCACUGGUGCCACUGGCCGAGGAGGAGGCCAAGGAGGAGGAAGACGCCGAGGAAUCGUUUGAGAUUACAGUCUUUGACGACGCACAUGCUGCGGAACCCGACCUCUAG